GGGGGAAGACGGAUAGAGGGAUGGAAAAAGGCAGGGAUGAAGAGGCAAAACAAGCACUGAAUACAAAUGAGCUGACACACAUAAUGCUCUCCCUCCCUCCGUUUCCCUCUCUCUCUCUUUCUGCUCUCGAUCACUGUCUCCCUCACACCGUUUCUUCCCUCUUGCACACGUUCUUGCGCUCUCCGGCUCCUCUCGGCGUCCUCUCUGCUGGAUCAAUGGAGUGCAGGAGGUGAUUUCAGCCCCUUGAUUUAUUAGUCACCCCUGGUUGCUGGAACAAGCCAAUUAAAGAGGAUUCCGAGUGUGUGCUCCUGAGACGGAGACGAUCCUGAGACGGAGACGAUACUCUUCUGCUGCUCCCUCACGCUUUUACUGUGGACCAGGAGGCAGCGAGGAGAAGAGGGUUGCAGGGUGGCGUGGAGGGGUGGUGGUGGGUUUCUUGGACGAGGAGGAGAAGAAGGACGUAACGAGGGACAAUUUCACGCCACUUUAGCAUCAUUUGUUCUGUCAUGGCCAGGACAUAGGACUCCACAGCAAACAUCAGCUUGGCGGCAAGGUACCCAAGCUUUUGUUCUUCUUUCUGGGUUGAGGCCUGUGAAUCGUCUAGAAACAGAGGUUAAGGGAAGUGACGGCUGGGCCGGGUCAACAGGGAGGGAUGGCGCUGGAGGAGAAGCCUGGUGUAAAGAGCAGCAGCUCCAUCGUUCCCUGCUUCCUGUUUGUGGAGCUGGUGAUCAUGGCUGGGACGGUGCUGCUGGCUUACUACUUCGAGUACACGGACACCUUCCCCGUCCACAUCCAGGGCUUCUUCUGCUACGACAAGAGCUUCUCUAAGCCCUACCCCGGUCCGGACGACGCCAGCAAGAUCCCGCCGGUGCUCAUCUACUCGCUCGUGACAGCCGUCCCCACGGUCACGAUUCUUGUUGGGGAACUUUGUGCGUUCUUCACCAAGGCAGAGGGAACCCAGGAAAAGACCAUAGUCACCGCAGACUGCUGCUACUUCAACCCCCUGCUAAGGCGCAUUGUACGCUUCUUAGGAGUGUACGCCUUCGGCUUGUUCACCACUGCCAUUUUCGCCAACGCCGGCCAGGUGGUGACAGGAAACCAGACGCCUCAUUUCCUGUCCGCCUGCCGACCGAACUACACCGCGUUGGGCUGCCAGUCGACCAUGCAGUACAUCACCGAGCGCCGCGCCUGCACGGGCAACCCGCUGAUUGUCAUGUCUGCGCGUAAAUCCUUCCCGUCUAAGGACGCAGCGCUCAGCGUGUACUCUGCCUUGUACACAGUGAUGUAUGUGACACUGGUGUUUAAAACCAAAGGCACCCGGCUCACCAAGCCCACCAUCAGCCUCACUCUGCUGUGCCUGGCCGUGCUGGUGGGAGUGGUGAGGGUCGCCGAGUACCGCAACCACUGGGCUGACGUGCUGGCUGGAUUCUUCACCGGUGGCGCCAUCGCUGUGUUCUUGGUAACUUGUGUCAUUAACAACUUCCAACAGUUUCAGCCAAGCCCGCCUCCGCUGCGACCCCAACGUCCUGAAUCCAUGCUGGGCAUGCCCAUGGUGACACUGCCUUGUGUGGAAAGUCCACUCGAAAAACCCCGCGGGAAUCUCCAUUCACAGAGAUCACAUGACCAUCAGCCCUAUCGGUUCCCCGCCACCCCCGAUGUCCUCGUACAGUCUCGCUCCAUUUCCAGCGAAGUCUAGACCAGCCGGAGCAGCAGCACUCGCCACACUGCGCGGCCCACGGGUCGGGUCGGAGCACCAUGCUGCAUCGCUCCUAUUCCACGCAGGUCUAGGCCCAGCAGACAUUGACCCCUCCCCCUUCCACGCCCCAUAGACUUCCUUAAAUGCCGGGGAACCGAUAGGCAAACUAUUUCAGACUUCUUUCUCAAAAUACUGUGAACAAUCAGCGGAGAGUCACCCAUCUCUCUUGAGUGAUUCAUUUUUACAUUCUUUUGUAUCAAAUCAGUCGCAAUGGAUUUCUUCUGCUUUGACUUAAGAGAUUUUUGUACCGCUAAGUUCAGACCUGUGGAACAAGAGGCGGGAUCUGACAGCCAGUGGGGGGAUGACCUCCGCCACAUUGGACCAAAGACACUCGCUGCAGGCAAUGUGUCGAAAUCUGUUAAAAACACCUUUUUACCGAGCCACACACUCAAAAUAAUCAUAAGCUGCGUUUCCAUUAACCCUAUAAUUGCACAAUUUGACAUUUCUGAAAAACACAUUUUUCAAUGAAAGCGGUGCUAUAUGCUAUUGAAUCAUGGGGUGUACUUAGAUUUGUCUAUGACUAUGUUAGCAAUCAAAUGCACUUUCUUUUUUCAUAACUGCAUACCGCAAAUGGUUUUGAUUUUAAAGUCCCAUUUUAGGUUCUUAACUGUUUAACAAUUUAACAGGUGUCGGUAUUUCAUCACUUUAACUUUUAAUAGCGUAGUUGCCGAAAGUCAUAUUUAGGCCAAAUUGGGAUAUCUGCGUAAUACUGACCUCUUUACCUUGCUACGUCAAAAUACAUUUGCUUAAUGGAAACAUGCUAAUUUUGAAAAAACUUGUUUUUCAAAAUUUCUGUCACUAAA